UGGUAUCAAUUUUCUCUUUCAAGCAAGUGAUCAGAACAGAGAAACGCAGCAGAGGAAAGUGUUCUCUUCCUUCUCCCCAACAAAGCAAAUCGUGAUCCAAUCCACGGACAACCACCACACCACCGCCGGUCAGCCGCCGCGACCACUCGCCUACUCCUCAUCCUCCUCCUCCAUCUUCUGUGUUGUGUUUAAAGAGCUAUCUCCAUCUCUCUCCACAAACCCUAGUUCUUGUAAAUUGUAAGAUAGAAAAAUCAAUUGUUUCUUAGAUUAACUUUAAGAAACAAUGGAUAAAAAAUGGAUGUUUGCGGACCAAUUUUCAGAGGAAUAUGAAAAUGGAGUAGAAGAGUUUGUUAAGAUUGCUGUGAAACAUGCCACUGACCGCGAUCGAAUCAUUUGUCCUUGCUUAAAUUGUUGUUAUGGAGGAAGGGGUAAUGGGGUUGUGUUGCGAAAUCAUUUACUGGCGAACGGAAUUGAUCGAAGCUACACAUGUUGGACAAUGCAUAGUGAGAUGAGUAACAACAACGUAGAUUUUCAGAAUAAUGAGACAUAUGAAUCAAAUGAAUUUGACACAAAUACAUUUGACCAUGAUCGAGUUGACGAAAUGCUAGAUGUAGUUGAAGAAGAUCUUCGGGAUUGUCCUGAAAUGUUUGAGAGAUUGGUUAGUGAUUCAGAGAAACCAUUAUACGAUGGUUGCAGCAAAUUCACAAGAAUGUCUGUAGUAUUGAAGUUGUACAAUAUAAAAGCGAGAAAUGGAUGGUCUGAUAAAAGCUUCACAGACUUGUUAACCCUUCUGAUAGAUAUGCUGCUAAAGGAUAAUGUUCUUCCUAGUAGAAACUAUGAAGCCAAAAAAAUGUUGUGCUCGAUUGGCAUGAGUUAUGAAAAGAUACACGCUUGUCCUAACGAUUGCAUUUUGUUUCGAAAUGAAUACGCAUCGUUAAAUGAGUGUCCUAAAUGUAAUGUCUCUCGAUAUAAGAAAGAAUUUAUUCCUGCGAAAGUCGUAUGGUAUCUUCCUAUAAUACCGAGAUUCGGGCGCAUGUUUAGUAGUGAAGUUGAUGCAAAACAUUUGACAUGGCACAAAUAUGAUAGAAUUAGAGAUGGGAAGUUUCGGCACCCUGCAGAUUCGCCACAGUGGGCUAAAAUUGAUCAUGAUUAUCCUGAUUUUGGGAAAGAAGCAAGAAAUCUACGCUUGGCACUGUCUACUGAUGGAAUGAACGCACAUGGUUUUCAAAGUAUCCCAAAUACCGUAUGGCCUGUGAUUUUGGUGAUUUAUAACUUGCCUCCAUGGUUAUGUAUGAAGCGUAAGUUCAUGAUGUUGUCGAUGUUAAUUUAUGGGCGCAAUCAACCAGGGAAUGAUAUUGACGUGUACUUGGCACCUUUAAUUGAUGAUUUGAAGCGUUUGUGGGAGACAGGAGUGGAGGUUUAUGAUGGAUAUAAGAAAGAAAACUUCAAUUUGAGGGCGAUGUUGUUUGGCACCAUUAAUGAUUUUCCAGCAUAUGGAAAUCUAUCAGGAUAUAGUGUUAAAGGUAAGAAAGCGUGUCCUAUUUGUGAAGAGGAAACUGAAACGUUGCGGUUGGAAAAUUGUCAGAAGAAUAUCUUUCUCGGUCAUCGUAAAUUCUUGCCUUCUAAUCAUCGCUACCGUGGGUGGAGAAAAGCAUUCAAUGGAAAACCAGAAAAAGGUGUAGCUCCAGUUGCAUUAACGGGUGAUCAACUAUUUGAAAAGGUGAAGGACAUGAGCAAUAAAUUUGGCAAACCUUUUGCAAAAGAUCUUGUUAAAAGCGGGUGGAAGAAGAAGUCAAUUUUCUUUGAACUCCCAUAUUGGAAGUCAUUAUAUGUAAGACAUUUCCUUGAUGUGAUGCAUAUUGAAAAAAACGUAUUUGAUAGCAUUAUUGGUACGCUACUAAAUGUACUUGGAAAGUCGAAGGAUGGCAUUAAUGCGAGGUUGGACUUAAUGGAUAUGGGAAUUAGAACUGAAUUGGCACCCGUGAAAGACGGAAAGCGCACAUUUUUACCACCUGCGGCUCAUACUUUAUCAAGAAAGGAGAAAAAAGUAUUGUGUCAGUUUCUUCAUGAAGUUAAAGUUCCAGAAGGGUACUCAUCAAACAUUAGUAAUUUUGUAUCUAUGAAAGACCUCAAGAUAAGGGGUUUGAAGUCUCAUGAUUGCCAUGUUUUGAUGGAACACAUGUUACCAAUAGGUAUACGUUCCAUUUUGCCUGAAAACGUUAGAAGUGCAAUCACUAAACUUUGUUUCUUCUUCAGGGCGAUUUGUAGUAAAGUGAUCAAUCCAGAGAGCUUACAAACAUUGCAAAGAGAAAUUAGUGUUACUUUGUGUGAGCUUGAGAUGUACUUCCCACCCUCAUUUUUUGACAUUAUGGUUCAUCUAACUAUUCAUCUAGUGAAAGAGACACAAAUGUGUGGACCGGCUUAUAUGAGAUGGAUGUACCCUACUGAGCGUUAUAUGAAAAUAUUAAAAGGCUAUGUGAAAAAUCAAAGUCGGCCAGAGGGUUGUAUUGUUGAACGGUACAUCGUUGAAGAAGCUAUUGAAUUUCACACUGAAUAUUUGUCCAACGUUGAAUCCAUUGGACUUCCUAAUACGUCUCAUACGUCAGAAAGAAUAACUGGAAAAGGGCUACGUGGAAAAAAACUAGUGACAAUAUUGAAGACUGAAUUGGAGCAAGUACAAUUAUAUAUUUUGCACAAUGAUGAUGAGGUUGAGCCGUAUGUUAAAAAACACAAGGAUGUACUGAAUACUUUGAACCCAAAUAGAAGUGAAAAUUGGAUAGCACGGGAACACAAUCGAAAUUUUGUAACAUGGUUUAAAAAUCAUAUUUAUUCGAAGUUGUCUGAAGAUCCUGCUUUAGUUUCAGAACGAUUGGCAUUCUUAUCACGUGGUCCCAAUUCACAUGUCUAUUCUUACACUGGAUAUGCAAUUAACGGCUACACAUUUUAUACCAAAGAACAAGAUGAUAAAAGCACUAUGCAAAAUAGUAGUGUCACCCUAGUAGCUGAAUCGAUGCACAUCUCAAGUGCCGAGGAGACAAACCCAGCAUACACAAAUCUAUCAUAUUUUGGGGUUAUCAAGUGCAUUCGGGAGUUCGAUUACACAAUGUUUCGAGUUCCUGUAUUUGGGUGUACGUGGGUUGAUAAUAAAAAUGGUGUUCGGAAUGAUGAGCCUGGUUUUUUGAAGGUGGAUCUUAAUAGAGUGGGGUACGAAGAUGAGCCUUUCAUUUUAGCGUCACAAGCUAAACAAGUAUUCUAUGUCACUGAUCCCGCUAAUGUAAAAUGGUCCAUGGUACUUUUGACCAACAAAGUUAGAGAUGAUAACAAUACAAAUCAAGAUGAUGAGGACGUUGAGGAUGAUCCUUUCUUAGCAAAUCCACGAUCACCUGAAACUGGUCCUACUAUAGAUGAUGAUUUUUAUGUUAGAGAUGAUCAUGCUGAGGGAAUUUCCAUCGAUCCAUCAUUCCAUGUAGUCAAAAAAAAGAAAAAAUGUAUUGCCGCAAAAAAAAAAAAAAAAAAGAUCUAAAAACUCUUAAGUUCUACGGUUGUUAUUGAAGAUAAUAUUUCUUUAUAAGUACUCUUCUAAUUAGUAGCUUCUUUGUGUAAUAAAAUUCACUGUAUUCAUUGAAUGAUCAUUAAAUCUUGAUAAUUCGUUGUGAUUAAAGUAUACCCACCCUUCUAUUUUCUACUUUUUGUUUGAAGAACGUAUUUCUGUUAUGAAUGUUUGUCAAACCAUGAUCAUGAAUGUAUUUCUAUUAUGAAUGUUUGUUAAACCAUGAACGCAUUUAUGUAAUUUUUUAUAUUUUCUUAUUGCAGAUCAAUGGAGUAUUAUGAUGAAGACAACGACUAUGAUCCUGACAAUGAGGAAAGUGACAAUGAGGAAAGUGACUCCCGAAAUGAUGGAAGCAACUCUAUUGAGCGUGAGAUCACGCGUGGGAUAACCCUUAUGAAGAAUGUCAUCCGCGCAAGAGAUAAAGGAGUCAAAUAUGAGGUGUCAUGGAAUGUUCGUAAUCAACCAAUUGGGACUUACUCCGCAACGUUUGCAAGUUUCGUUGGUGCCGAUGUUCGUAGACACAUUCCAAUCACUUGUGAUCAAUGGAAGAGCACAAGUUAUUUAUUCUACCAUUUUAUAUACAUAAGCCUAUUGGACAUUGGGUGUUAUUUGUCAUUAAUCCCAUAUCGGAAAUCAUAUAUUAUAUGGAUCCAUUACUCAAUGACUAUAUGAAUUACCCAAAAAUGAAGAGUAUGUUUGACACAGUUCUAAAGGUAUUUCGCGCUGCAAGGAACGCUCAAGUAUCAAAGAAUAAAUUUAACAACAUAUCAUGGGUCCGAGUACAGUGUCCUCGCCAAGAAAAUGGUAUAGAUUGCGGGUACUUUGUGAUGAGGUUUAUGAAAGAGAUUCUCAUUUCGAAACUAAAUGAGAUUCCAAAGCUGUACAUUGAGGGUUUCAAGUGUGCGACAUACUCAAAUGAUAAACUAAGAGAAAUCCAAGAAGAAUGGUGUCAGUUCAUGAUGAGCCUUUUGUUUAUAUGAUAUUUUUAUGAUAAGGGUGGUGGAGAGUGAACAAAAUUUGGAAAUUUUGCCUGCUUUUUGUGAAUAUAAAUUUUGAGACGACCAAGAAGAUAGAUGAAGACAUGCUACCAUAGAAGAUUUUGAUCUUAUAUUAACUAAUUAAUUAGUUGUAACUUUCAGAUAUCCAUGUUACCAUAUUAGUGGCUAUGUAUUAGUGGCUAUGUACAUUUCUGACAUUUAUGCUAUAUAUACAUACAUUUUUUAUGAUA